AUGGCUUCAAAGGUUGUGAGGUGGAUUGCUAUAUGCUUCUUUGUGGCUUCCAUACUAUGUGAUUGUGUUAAGGCUACGUACACCACGAACAAUCAGUAUAAUCCUGCUGCUCAUAAUUACGAACUGGAUGGACUGUACUGCGCUACAUAUGACUCUGAUCAGAGCCUUGAUUGGCGCAGUCAAUACUAUUGGACUGCGUAUUGUGACCAAGCGGGCCAGCCCAUGGGAUCUUCCCUCUGCGGCACCUGCAUCCAAGUGACAAAUGAAUCAACAGGUCAAAGUGUGACCGUACGAAUUGUGGACCAGUGCCAAAACGGAGGAUUGGAUUUGGAAACUGCUGCUUUUAAUGCCAUUGAUGGAGAUGGACAAGGGCAGUUUAACGGCCAUAUGAUUACUACUUACCAGUUCGUGGGCUGUUAG